AAGAUGCCUUUGAAUUCUGCUCCUGCCUGCCUGCCUUAACAAACAAACAAACAAACAAAAACCCUAUUCAAAAUUAUUAUUAUGUCUCUGUUUUACGCUGCAUUUCACCUCGAUGGUGUUUCUUGAAUCUUGAUCACCUAAAGAUUUCAUCUUCGCUAGUCACAUAUGGUAAUCAUCAUAACUUAGACGCUUCAUCUUCACUUUCAAGAUAAUGGGUAUCCAUCAAUCAUAAAAUAAAUCAUUCAUGAAUUGAAAAAAAAAAAAAAAGUUUUUUUUCUUUAAUUUUAAUAUUUUUAGUGAACCGCCAAGCAUAAAUUCCCUCCAUUUUUGAGCCCUUAAUCUCAUUUCCUGAAGUGGGGUUUUAUGAUUUUGUGCUCUGCAUUCGAUUCCCUUUCUCUUUCUCAUUAUGCAAAAGAUUUCUUGCUUUUUCCAUUUGUGUCUUUUUGGAUUUUAGGCACAAUGUGCAGCAGCUGGUUCACACAUACAUAUGUGUGUUUUUAGUGUUUGAAUAUUCACUUAUUCUCUAUUCUAUUCUUCUCUUUUCCCCCAAUUUCCCUAUAAAUUAACACUCCCACAACCAACCUGUUAUUCAUAUUGCAGCUUAUACACAUUACAAACACAGCCCAACCGUUGUAGUAACCGUUGUAGUUGUUUACUGUUUCACAUGUCUAAGAUGAGUUAUUCAAGUGCUUCCAUGGGUUCUGGUAGUAGAACGGCUAGGCGAACCGUUGAAUUUGGGAGGACAUAUGUCGUGAGGCCGAAAGCAAAGCACCAAGCAACUAUAGUUUGGUUGCAUGGCCUUGGCGAUAACGGGUCAAGCUGGUCUCAACUCUUGGACAACCUUCCUCUUCCAAAUAUUAAAUGGAUAUGCCCAACCGCUCCUACUCGCCCCGUGACUGCGCUAGGGGGAUUCCCUUGUACCGCAUGGUUUGAUGAAGGAGAGCUUUCGGAAGACGGUCCGAAUGAUGUUGAAGGUUUAGAUGCUUCAAUAGCACACAUAGCAAACUUGUUAUCAACAGAGCCCUCUGAUGUAAAACUCGGUAUUGGAGGAUUCAGUAUGGGUGGCGCAUGUGCACUUUACUCCGCAGCUUGUUUCGCUCAAGGAAAAUACGGAAAUGGAAACCCGUACCCGAUUAAUCUAAAAGCUGUAGUUGGAUUAAGCGGAUGGCUUCCUGGUGCACGGAACUUAAGGAACAAAAUAGGAUCAAAUGAUGCUGCAAGACGCGCUGCUUCGUUGCCCAUUUUGUUCUGUCACGGACAGUGCGAUGAAGUAGUUCCGUACAAAUACGGAGAGAGGUCUUCCCAGAUGAUGAUUUCAGCUGGUUUUCGUUAUGUUACGUUCAAAAGCUACGAAGGGCUUGGUCAUUACACUGUUCCUAAAGAGAUGGAAGAAGUUUGUCAAUGGUUACAUACGAGGCUCGGAGCCUGAGAGGAUAAUCAUAUGAUCAAAUUACGAAAUUAACUCGUGCGUGAAUUAAAGAAUAACCGAAGACAGUUACACAGAUUUUGAGCUGGGAAAAAUAAUUAGAUUUGUAGAGAGGGUUCGGUGGAGGUGGGAUGGUAUACACAUAUAUAUGUAUCUAUAUGAUGUUUUAUAUGUUGGUUGUUAUAAAAAAAAAUAAGGAUUUUGGGGUAUUGGUUCUUAGAUGGGAAUAUGUUGUUUGACAAUUUAAGUUUUGGGAUUUUAUAAAGAAUGUAAUGUUGUUGUUAUAUUGAGUUUAGAUGGAAUUAUGGAAA